AUGAGUCGAUCAAAUAUGCAUCUUUUCGAUCUACCAGAUGAAAUAUUACUUUUGAUUUUAAAGAAAUUGAACAACAUCGAUGUUCUUUAUUCUUUAUUGGAUGUGAACAAUGGAAAACUUGACAUUCUUGCACAAGAAAAUAUUUUCACUAACAAUCUGAAGUUUGAUUCUGCUAAUGAUACUUCAUUAAUCAGUCGAUUUUGUAUUGAUAUAUUACCAAGAAUUCAUUGUUAUGUCAAAUCAUUUACUCUUCAUUCAUCUUUUAUGGAAUGUAUUCUUCUUGCAAACAAAUAUCCAAAUUUAACUGAACUUAAAAUUAUUCAUUUUCAACAAGAUUUCAUCUCAAAGUAUUUUACAAAUGAAUCAAUUCGAGCAAUAUUUGAAGUACAAAUUACAAAUCUUAUUCUUGUCAAUGACGAUCCAUAUGAAAUGGCAGAUUCAUUUAAAAAUUAUACUACAAAUAUCUAUGCACAUAUAUUAAGUUUCUUUAAGAAUUUAAAGAAAUUAAAUGUUGUUGAAUCAACUGAUGAACCGUAUCCACCUUUAUCACUCUGUGAUUUAUCGUUGAAUACAUUCUCCUCUUCAAUUCUUACUCAUUUGUAUAUCAAUGUGUACACUAUGAAUGAUUGCCUUUAUUUACUUGAUGGACGACUUCAGCAAUUGACAACAUUAUCUGUUCAUGUUCAUAUUAUAGAUGAUUCCUCAACAAUUGUCCAUAGCAAGGAUAUUUUACCUAAUUUGAAAUGCUUCUCAUUACAAACGUUCGACCGAUUUGAACAAUACAAUAAAAUUUUAUCACUUCUGCGUCGUAUGUUAUUUGUAGAAAGUUUAACUUUAUACAUUCGUCUCAAAAAUCAAAAUAGAGUUAUUGAUGGCACUUCUAUUCAACAUGAUAUUCUUGAUAAUAUGCCUAAACUUCAAUUAUUCACUUUUUAUAUUGGAGCUGAUCUUGAUACAAUUGAUUUAUCAAACGAAGAUAUUCAAAAAACAUUGACGACUAUUGGACAAUCUGCAACUAGUACUCUCAAUCAUGAUAUUAGUAACAAAAUUAUGUAUUCGAUUUUCUCAUUGCCUUUUGCAUUCGUAACUAUUAGAGAACUUGGCAAUAGUUUUCCAGAUAUCUUAUUCAAUUCUGUUACAUCACUACUUGUUCGAGAUGCACAUGCAUUCAAGCAUGAAUUUUUCGUUCGAAUUGCUCGGUCAUUUCCACUACUGCGAUGGUUGUGUAUUGCUAAUUUUCAAUCACAAUCAUCAUAUGAUAUGAAUACAUUUACCAUUGGUAAUAAUCAAUCAUAUUCAAUAAUUGAAUAUCCUCAUCUAACGUCACUGGAUGUGACAUAUGCACAUAUCGAUUAUGCGGAACAAUUUUUAAAUGAAAGAAAGGCACUGGUACCAUGUUUAACGAAAUUAAGUGUGAUGAAUGUCGAAUUAAAAAGGAAAGAUCAACGUCGAAUAGACUUAUUAAAUGAUCCAAAUUAUGGGAUUGUGCUUUGUUUUCUGGACAAAUUUCGAUCUAUACUUGAUUUACCACAGUAUCCAUUACAACUUUUUGAAGAUCAUCUUAUAAAUUGUCAAGAACAAAAUCCAUCACGUCUUAUUGAUUUUCAUUUCAUUCUUCUCAAACGCUUAUCUUUAGCAAAAAAUGCUCAACGUGAUAAAUUUGAUUCAAUUAUUACUAAAUUUGUUUCACGAUUUGAUUCAAACGAUAGUGAACAAUUAGCAACAAUUGGUUAUUUACACAUUGAUAUAAAUCUUAAAAUUCGAACUAUAAAAUAUUUACUUGAAAGUCAAUUUGAUUUGAAUCAAACAUUCAAAAAUACAAUUAGCGAAAAAUUAUCAUGUCAUAUCAAAUCUUUACCAUUAGGUCGUGAUCGUUUUGGUGCUUCAUACUGGUUUUUUAUGGAUAGUAAUUGUUUUGUACGAUUAUUUCGUGAAGAUGUUAAUAAUGAUCGAACAUGGACUAAUAUUGCUAAAAAUCGAGAAGAAUUAGAAAAGUUCAUUCAAUUGUUGAUUACUGAUUCGAUUGUACGAAAGAGAUUUCCUGAUUGGAUCAUUGGUUAUGAGCCAUAUUUAUCUUUAUUACCAACAAGUGAAUUUGAACAAUGCUAUUUAUCAAUCCGAGAUGAUGUUAGAGAUGAAGAGCUUGAAACAACUCCAGAUAAUAUUGAAAAUUCUGAUCUUUCAAAAGAUAAAGAUGAAUCAUCAUCAUCACCUGAGAUAUCAACAAAAAAAAAGCGUGGACGACCGAAACGUUCAACAGAAUCUAUAAUCGAAGUAAAUUGCACUGAAGUACAAAAAGAAACUGAAACAACAAUAGAUGAUGACGACGAAGAAUCUGAUGUAUUAAAAAAAAGAAAUUCUAGAAGUAGAAAACGCAAAGUUACUACAGAAGAACAAGAAGUAUCUCUUGACGAUAUGAGUCUUGCAACACGUCGAUCAUCACGACUGCGACCAACGUCUGUAGUUACUCCUGACAGUACUUCUCAGUUAUCUGAUACGACACAAAAGCAUUUAAUAAAGACAAAAACAAAAAUUUCACCUACUCUUCGUUCUCGUCGUCGACGUAAAAAACCAUCUCGACGAAAUAUGGAUGAUUAUUUUUGUUUAUCAACAUCAAGUUCAGACGAACAUAUCGAUGAUCUAACUGACGAUGAAUAUAAUUCUGAUGAUAAUCAAUAUUUAGUAGAUGUUGAAGAUCAUUUUUUUGAACUUGAUGAAGAUAAUACUAGUAUGAAUGAUCAAGAAUUACGUACAGCUAAAACAGCACAUACAUCAACAAUAAUAACAACUUGUUAUAUCUGUUCAAAAAGUGAUCGACCAGAAGUUUUAUUAUUAUGUGAUGAUUGUAAUGAUGCAUAUCAUUUGGAAUGUUUGUAUCCUGUACUUUUAUCUGUACCUGAAGGUGAUUGGUAUUGUCCAUUAUGUGAACAAAAACAAUUAUCAAUUUGUUUAAUAAAUCGAUUAAAAGAAUUAUUAAUUCAUUUUAAUACAGCUGAUACGAAAAAACAAAUACGAUCUACAAAAAAAUUAUUUCAACGAAAAAUUAAAGUCAAAGAAUAUAGUAGUGAUGAGAGUAUAACAGCAUCUGAAUCCGAUAACAAUGACGAUUCAAUGUUAUCAACUAGUCAAAUAAAUGAAAAUAGUAAUUUAUCAUCAAGUUAUUUUGAUGAUGAAAAGCAAAGUAUAAGUCAACGUGGUCGUCAUCGGCGUACUCGUUUUGAUAUUAAAAAAAUGCUUGUUGAUGAAUAUAUUGAUGAUGAUGUUGAUGAUAAUAGUACAGAUAAAACAAAUUUUCAUUUACAAUUACCAAAAAAGAUAACUCGGUUACUUCAUCGUCAUGAUCGAUCAUUAAUAAAAAAUGAUUCACAAACAAGAACAUUACCAACACGUGUAUGA